AUGGCGGAACCUGAUACUGCGGGUAUUCUUACAACACUGCCACCGGAAGCAAUUCGGGCGGCGCACUAUCUCGUGGCCCUUUGCAGGGAAUCACAACCUACGACAUUGCUCGAUCUACCUGUGGAGUUGCUCUGGCUUAUUGAGCGGCAGCUACCUGACAAAGACGUUUACAGUCUUUGCCUAACCAACCGUUAUCUGUAUCACGUCUUGAAUGAGUCCCUUUGCCGACGAGGUAUGGUGAAUUUACGUGCGCUCCAAUUGAGUUUCCAAAGGAACCAAAAGCAAGCGUUCGCCAAAGCAGUUGCAGCACUGUCUCCUCUUCCGAGAGCAAUUUCAUUGGACAAUCACACACCCCCAUUGACGCCGCUCGUCAACAACAGCAAUGUGAAUCUGAUCGAGCUCAUGACUUUCAAAGGCGGCCUGCUCGGGCAACAACUUGCGCACAUUAUCGAGUUCAUCCUUCGUAUCUGGCGACGACGCGAGGAAUCCACUGGUGCUUACAAGUGGCAAUCCCUUCAGAACUGUUUGAAAUGGGGGUUGAGUCCAAAUUAUGUCUUCGAAGACGGAAUGUCCUUGAUGGCACAAGCCAUCGUGAAAUCAACCAUGAAUCCGUACAAACAGUACAGAGAGGUAGAAAUACUUCUCGCUCUUGGGGCUGACACAGGUUGUCUCGCCUCACUCCCUGGCAAUGAUUCAAUGCUGCAUCUAGCAUGCCUUCAUCAUCAGACCAAGAUCGUGCAGUUGUUGCUCGACAAAGGUGCAGACCCUAACCUGAGAGACGCACAGAACCGCACACCCGUCCAUAGGUUGUUUGACACUCACGAAAACAAGUGGAGAGAACCGGAUAAUCUGCUUGACAUUCUCCUCGCGGACCCAAAUGUCAGAAUCGAUGAACGUGAUGGCAAUGGCCGGACUCCACUAAGCCUUGGCUGCCUUGCUGCGGGCCGCUCAGUUAACUUAUUGACGGCGGCUCUGAAAUUCGCCAAGAAGGUUGUUUAUCUGCCAGAUAGGGUCGACAUUAACUCUCAAGACAAUGAGGGGAAAGCACCGCUUUGUCACGCCAUAUCUGUCAGGGAAUAUGACAUGAUCCGUCUGUUCAUCGCACAGCACGGGCUUGAUCCCAACCUCGGUCCGGCAGAUGAAUUCCCCCUGAUUGUCGCUGUUGAUUUUGAUAAGCUGCCGAGUCUUGAAUUAUUGUUGGACUCGAAGCAACUGGAUCUGAACCAGCAAAAUAGCGAAGGGGAGACCGCCGUGUUGAAGGCAAUUCAUAUUGGCAAUAGGGAAGCUGUAAAGCUGCUUGCCCGAGCUGGUGCGGACCCUGAUAUUAAAUCAUGCGAAGGUGCGACAGCACGGCAGGCAGCCCUGGAUGCAGGCAUCCGUGUCAGAUGGAGGAUUCGCCCGAACUAG